AUGUCCCCAGUCCACGCCUUAGAUGGAGAGCACAGUCUCAAUUCUGAAAAUUCCCCCCCAAAGAGAAGACACAGGCACAACUGCCCCAAAUCUUUCAGUCCACAAGAACAUCGACCCAGAUUCAUUCAGGUUGCCGUGCAGGUUGUUAUCCCUAACCAGCAGCAAUUGGCAAUGGUCGUCCUGGUCGUCCUGAUCGUCCUGACCGUCCUUGAAGGUCUAAUGUGGAAAAUGCCCCAGCAGGCCCUGGAGCUUGGGCUGUUGCUCUUGGAAGCCAAAGCACGAAUCUUCGGCAUAUGCACUGCAAUCAAUCAUGUAGGAGCCUUGGCUCUAUCGCCGGCGCUUCAUUAG